AUGUCGAGCAGACAACUGAGAAAGAUUCGACAGCAGCAAGAGCUGCUCAAGGCAGCUGAUCCCGCAGAGGGGACUCUGGCGUCGACCCUUGGUGGUGACGAUAGCGAAGACGAAAACAAUGACGACGACGACGAUAAUGACGAGAAGGACGGCAACGAUGGCGACGCGAAACCCCACGGUGAGAGAUCAGAGCCUGCUCCUGCAUCGACGGCUCCUAAACGAAACAAGAAGAAGAAGAAAAAGGGCAAGAAGAAGCAGGGUGGCGACAAGGCGACCGAAACGCCGCACGGCGCCGACGAAGAUGAAAUUGACAGGGCACUGAAGGAGCUCAACAUCAAGCCGAGAGCCCAAGGAGGGUCCGCGGGGCCGUCUUCGGGUGGAGACGCUUACGCCCACGAGGGUUUACGGCAAGCCCACGUCCUCGAGAUCGAUCCGUAUAAUCUUAAGGCUGUACACGAGAUGAAGAACCUCUUUGGGCGAGAGGGCAAGGACUACUGGCCUCGCGCUACGGCUGGGGGACUGGUGAUGAAGGAGAUGGCCGUCGACCCGGAAGGUGUGUGGACGGAGUAUGCCUUUGUCCAUGAGAAGCAGUACGACGUGAUACAAACCAUCUUCUUCCAUUGCGUGGGCUUAGGCGACCCGAUGAGGAUGGUCUAUCUUCUCAAGCAAUUUCCCUACCACAUCUCAACCUUGCUGCAAGUCAGCAGCUUCGCUAAGCAGGACCAAAACCAAGCGCUCGCCGCGGAUCUCUGCGAGCGCGCCCUCUUCACCUUUGGUCGCGCGACACUCUCGACGUUCCGGACAAAUCUGGAAAGGGGAAGGGCGAGGCUCAACUUUAAGAGGCCUGAGAAUAGGCAGUUUUGGCUUGCCGGAUACCAUUACUUGAAGAGCUUGAUGCGCAAGGGUACCUAUAGGACGGCGCUGGAAUGGGCCAAACUCAUCUUCAGCCUCGAUCCGGGAGACCCGUACGGCAUGAACCACUUGAUCCACGUCCUCGCGAUCAAAAGCCACCAGUCAGAAUGGUUAAGGUCGCUUGCUUCAGGCACAGGAAGAUGCAAAGGCAAAAGAGGAGCUGGUCGCGGCGAUGGAGGCGAUGCCCUGGCUCUACUGUGCCUUGUUCCAGUCGUUGAACCUCGACGCACCCCUUCUAUCUGGGGAGCACAGCCGCCGAGCGAGGUGGAUGCAUUCUACACGAAGCUCUACCUCGAGCUCACGAGGGAUCUCUGGAACUACCCAAGGUCCACGAGCUUGCUGAAUGACGCUGCCAAGGCGGCCAAGAAGCAGGAGGUGCUGAAGGCGACCGACGCAGUCCUGGAUCUCCGGACGGCGCGUUUCGUGUAUCUCGAGGGCAACACGACGAUGCUCGGCCUCGUGCCAAGGCACUACCUCGAGAGACAGCCCAACUACGAAUUCGACCCCUCCCGCCCGACAAGUCAGCCAACAUCUUCACCGCGAACGGGGUGA